AUUUAUGGGAAAACUCUGUCCUUCACUUGACCUGAGCCAACUUGACUCCCAUCCCAGGAAAGAGUUGGGAAACAGAUCAAGUAAAACAAGGAGGAAUACAAACAUGGCCUCUGUUCCAUUGUUAUAUAACCGUGAUUUUUUUCUCUGAUGAUGACUGAACUUAUUUCACGCUUCCUGUUGAUUUGGAUUCUGGACUUCAGAGAAAGUCUAUCUCUGGACUUCAGUCUCGUUGCUGCUUUCCACACCACAAAAGAGAGAGAAAAGAGCUGAAGAGCCAUGGAGGUUUUGGGGACCACCACCCUCUUCCUGGUGGUCUUCCUGGUCCUGUUUGUGGCCUGGAGGAAAGUGGAGGCCAAGAGGAGGAACUGGCCCCCGGGCCCAACGCCGCUCCCGCUCAUUGGCAACCUCCUCCAGCUGAAGCCCACCAAUAUUGCAGAACAGUUUAAGAAGAUGAGUAAAAAGUAUGGAUCAGUCUUCAUGGUGUAUUUCGGCAUGGACCCAGUGGUGGUUGUCUAUGGCUAUGAUGUGGUGAAGAAGGUUUUAGUGGACAGCGGAGAUGAAUUCCUCAACAGGGGAAGCUUCCCUUCAUCAGAUAAGACCAACAAAGGACUCGGUAUCUUCAUGUCCAACGGUGAGCGAUGGGUCCAACUUCGCCGCUUCUCCCUCAUGACCUUGAGGAACUUUGGGAUGGGAAAGAAGAGCAUCGAGGAACGCAUCCAGGAGGAGGCAGAACACCUGAUGAAGGAGCUCAGGGACAAAAGAGGGCAAGCCUUCAACCCACAACACCUUUUCAACUGCGUCACAUCAAAUGUGAUCUGCCACAUCCUUCUGGGGAAACGGUUCGACUACAAUGAUGAGGAGUAUCUCCGGGCCCUCAAGCAGCUCAUUGAUGGCUUCCGUCUGGAGAGCUCAGUCUCAGGACAGCUCUACAACUUCUUCCCCAGGAUCAUGGACUAUUUGCCUGGUCCUCACCAAACCUUCUUCAAAAACAUGUAUGGUGUCCAGGCCUUUAUUGCCCGAAAGAUAGAAGAGAAUGAGAAGACCUUGGACCACACUGAUGUCCCUCAGAACUUUGUAGAUGCCUUCCUCCUCAAAAUGGAGCAGGAGAAGAACAACCCCACGACAGAAUUUACUAAAGAGAAUCUGAUGAUGGCCAUUUAUGAUUUAUUUAUCGCCGGAACGGAAACCAGCAGCACCACUAUCAGAUACUUUUUCAUGACGUUGUUGGAGCACCCAGAAGUCCAAGCCAAAAUCCAGGAUGAAAUAGACCGUGUGAUUGGCCGGGAGCGGAUGCCCACCAUGAAGGACCGCCUGGAGAUGCCCUUCACAGAGGCUGCCAUCCACGAAGGCCAGAGGUUCCUUGACCUCGUCCCCUUAGGCUUCAUCCGUUUGGCAAAAAGGGACGUAGAGAUGGAAGGCUUCACCAUCCCAAAGGGGGCCACUAUCUAUCCCAUCCUGAGCUCUGCACUCCACGAUCCUAAGCAAUAUGCAAAUCCGUAUCAGUUUAAGCCAGAACAUUUCUUAGACAAAGAUGGGCACUUCCAGAAGAACGGAGCUGACAUGCCUUUCUCUGCAGGAAAGAGGAACUGUCUUGGUGAAGGACUGGCCCGGAUGGAGCUCUUCAUCUUCAUCACCACCAUCCUGCAAAACUUCUCCCUCAAACACGCUCCCGGAGUGCCCAAAAUAGAUCUCACACCGGACGUCAGUGGUGUUUUGAACAUCCCACACCAGGUCCCCUUCUGCUUCUCCCCACGCUGAGGAGCCCAUUACGCUCCCAUGAAGUUCUUGUAAAGUUUUCUUUUUAGUGCAGAUAAGCAGACAUCAAAACUAACCUCACUACAGAUGUCAAUGGCAUCCUGACCAUCACAUGCCAAGUCCCUUCUCUUUCUUCUUGUGUUGAAGAAGCCAUUCUGCUCCCAAGAAGUUCUCAUAAAGUUCUCUCCUUGGUGUAGUUGCUGUCAUUUUAAUUAUAAGACCCCAAAAUUGACCUCUCACUGGGCAUCAGUAGCAUCCUAAACAUCCCAUGCCAAGUCCCUUGAUACUUCUUCCUGCAUUGAAGAGGUCAUUUUGCUCCCAUGAAGUUCUCAUGAAUUUCUCUCCUUCAUGUAGAACAGGCCUACAGAACUGUGGCCUUCAAUCUCCCAGAAUUCCUGACAAUUGAACAGACUGGCCAGGUCUUCUGGGAGUUGGAGCCCAAAAUACCCGGAGGGUCACAGGUUGUACAGACCUGCUACCAUUUUAAUUAUAAGAUCCCAAAAUUGACCUUACUGUGAUGACUCAUGGGCCUUGUAGUCCUGUUCCUAGUACUAUUGUGGCAGACGAAGAGGAAAACAUGGGAUUUUCGCCGGUUCAGCAAGAGCCGGAGCCUCUUCACCUGCAGGAUGUUGACGUUUGCCCUCAAGAAUUCAGCCAAACAGGCCUUGGGCAGAACUCCCCCCCCCCCCCCGUUUUUCAGGAGGGAAAAUUAUACUAGAGAUAGGGGAGUCAGGGUGGCUAAUCGCAGAAGCCUGAGAAUCGCUGCCAAACAAAUGGCUGAUUAGGUCUGCUUCCCUUGGGAAAUUCUAAGGAGUCAUGCAUCUGGACAGAGUUGGGUUUCGCUUCUCGUUCUCUAGGGAAAGAGUUCUGUUGGCGGGAAAACGAGACCCAAUAUAGGUGUUUGGCGCAAGGGAGACUUUGCGGAGUCAAUUGAUCAGCUUGAGGAGAGAGAUCGUGUGUGGACUUCGCAAUCCCAUUCCUUGCUUCCCGGAUCAAGUUUCAAGCCUUGCCUUGUCUCACGUUUUUACCACGGACUAUGUUUCAUGCUUCAUGUUCAUCUUGCCUCCAGUCAAGGAUCUAGUCGAGAAUCAAGUUUAUUCCAGCCUUGUUGUCAAGCUUCAUUGGACUUUAAAGACUCUGUUAUUUCCCCACACUAUUGCUUGGCAAAGUGUGUGUUUCGGUCAAGUGGAUUAAAACUUUGAACUCUAAUAUCUUAUAUUGGACAAUACAUUUCUGGACUAUAUUUGACCUUAUCUGAAAGGUCUGCUUCUGAACUAUAUUCUUCACUUGUUUUUAUUGACUUUAUAUAUUUCUUUAAUAAAGAUAUUAGAUAGA